CUGUAAUCCAUCUGUCAGUUGAGUUGUCAAAUUGAAAAGUAACCUCUACGUGGCCGAUAUAGACAAUAUUUUUAUAAAUUAUGUUAGGAACAAUGUAUAAAGUUUUGUGUUUGUGUUUGGUGCUUUUUAGUGUAUUUUCCUCGAGUUUAGCCUAUUUUAUUACGGUGGAUGCCGAUGCAGAAGAAUGUUUUUUUGACAAAGUGGAAGCUGGAACGAAAAUGGGUCUGACGUUCGAGAUAUCGGAAGGCGGGUUCUUGGACAUAGACGUGCGCAUCCUGGGCCCCGACGGCAAAGUGAUCUACCAGGGCGAGCGGGAAACUUCGGGGAAGUACACGUUCGCCGCGCACACCGCCGGCGUCUACACCUACUGCUUUAGCAACAAGAUGUCGACCAUGACGCCGAAAGUGGUCAUGUUCAACAUGGCGGUGGGCGAGCCCCACAAGGCAGAGGGCGCUGACGGCGAGACGGCCAACAAGCUGGAGGAGAUGAUCAGGGAGCUGAGCGCUUCUUUGACAGGAGUAAAGCAAGAACAAGAAUACAUGCAAGUAAGAGACAGAAUACACAGAAGCAUCAAUGAAAGUACAAAUUCAAGGGUUGUGAUGUGGUCAUUUUUCGAAGCCCUUAUUUUGGUAUGCAUGACUUUAGGGCAAAUUUACUACCUGAAAAGAUUCUUUGAAGUUAGGAGAGUGGUGUAGAGUACUUGAAAGACUUGUUUUUAUUUAUUAAUGUUAAUUUUUUCGUUGAAUUUUCCGCGAUUUAUUGUCCUUGUUUUUUGUACAUUUUGAGAAACCAUCAAUUUUUGCCACUCGCCAUUCUAAACAGGAUUCCGAUAAGAUCUUAUUUUUUGUAUAAAAAAAAUGUAAAGUAUGUAAUAAAUUUUUUUAUGAGACCUA